ACCAGUAAAUGUAUCCAUUCUAAUUUGAAAUAAUUUUAUAGUUUACAGUCAGUCAUUUAGAACUUAAUAUAUCAUACAGAUUAACUUGGGUUUCAUUAUAUAGUUCAUAGGAUUUAAUAUUGUUUAGUUCCAACAGUCUGGUAAAAGUCAUUAGUUGGUCUGGUCAUGUCUGAAGAUGAAAUGAGAAAUAUUGACAUAUAGCAUUCAAUAAUACUGUCAAUGUAAUUAUUAAAUUAUCAAAAUUAUUCAGAUAAUGAAUAGCAUCAUGUGUUUUAUAUUGGGCAGCUAGCUUUAGUUACAAUAUAUAUUGUAUUUUAACUUUGAUGAAGCUUACUGGUAUUUGUCUCGCUAGGAUGGGAACAACUCUCAGUAGACUAGGUCUGACUUUUUAACAGUGUUUUAGAUUUGUAUAUUCAUGUUUUGAGUCGCUGAAACCAUGUUUCAGGAGAAGUUUUUAUUGGAGUAUUGUUACCAUGAUGAUAAAAAUGACAAUCAAUGCACACACAAGUAGGAAAUUGAGGAAUUGCUCUAAAAACUUUAAAUGAGGUUUAAAAACGUGAGACAUAAAAAGGCAAUCUCAUAUUGCGACAUAGUUGCUCUAAAAUCUUUGAUUGAGUUUAAAAAAGUGAGACAUAAAAAAGGCAAUCCCAUAUUGUGACAUAGGUUAUAAAUUCAAAAAUAAAACAGAUUAUUCUAUAAGUAUCGUAUUUAUACUGGUAACUUUGUUACAGAGACUUCUGAGAAAAUGCUAAAGCUCUCUAUUGCUGUUUUGUGUUGAAAAUUUAUAUUAAUUUCACUAUUUUGUCUUUGUGUUAGCUGCUACGUUUACCAGUACAAUAUGAAAAAGCGUAAAUUCGUCACAAGGAGAUGUACGAUCAAAAUACAAAUUUUAUUUGCAACAAUUUUUAUAUUUUCUAUUAUUCAUUUCCAGUAUAUGAGCACAAUUGAUCAUGAAAAUCUAGAAAAAUUGUAUACAAUUCCUGACAAUUUGAUGAUGAAACAUUCUUCAAAAGGAGAUAAAAGAAAUAAAAUGAUUCAAACAAAUAAUAGAAAAUUUGAUAGCGGAACUACUCUGCAAAAUCCUGAAGGAAUAGAUUGCCAACCUAGACGAGGUGUUGUUUUUUUGAAGACUCAUAAAACAGGAAGCACAACUAUGACAAACAUAUUUCUUCGAUUUGCUGAAAAACAUAAACUUGCGGUUGGUUUGCCUCCAUUAAAAAAAUGGGAGCUUGGUGGUUAUCCUGGAUUUUUCAAUAAAAAAUUAGUUGAUCCACAAUUAAAGCAAUAUGAAAUGCUUUGCCAUCAUUUCAGAAUGGACACUGAAGUGGUGUCACAAAUAGUACCUGCUGAUACCUUGUAUAUUACCAUUCUAAGAGAUCCAGCAAAUGCGUUUGAAUCCGGAUUUUCUUUUUUCCGAGAUGGUCCUUUUUCAACAUGGAUGCCAAAUUAUGAAAAUGAAGAUGCUUUGGAACAAUUUAUUGAAUCUCCAAAGCAUUUUUACAAUAAAUCAACACCUUGGUAUUUUCGAGCGAAAAAUUACCAAAGUUUUGAUUUAGGUUUUGAUAAUGACAGAGAAGAUGAAGAUUAUAUCAAAUAUGUUCGUUAUAAAAUGGAUGAUUUGUUCAAUCUCGUUUUAAUAACUGAAAAAUUUGAAGAAUCACUUAUUUUACUCAAAGAUUCGCUCUGCAUGGAAAGUUUGGAAGAUAUUCUGCAUAUAAGACUCAAAGUUCGACAAAAUAGUAUGCGAAGAAAAUCUAAUGAUAAAUUGAAAAGACAAAUGAGAGAAUGGAACAAAAUAGAUACAAUGAUUUACGAUUAUUUCUUGAAUCGUUUGAAUGAAAAGAUUCAAGGUUAUGGUAUACAAAGAAUGACCAACGAAGUUGAGCAGUUGAAGAAAAUGUUACAAGAAAUUGAAGAGAAAUGCGUAUUGGAAUAUGAUCAUGAUGAUUUAAGAAGUUGGAUCAGUAGAAUCAGAAUAAAAAAGGAUUCCGGUGAAUUCUGUGACAAAUUAUCAUGGGGAGAGGUGAGAUUUGGUGAUUUCAUUCGUACAAAUCAACGAAAAUAUUUGAAUAUUGUUGUGGAGGAACAAAUACCAGCAGACAAUAUGAGAAGAAUGUUAGAAGAAGAACAAAAUAAAAUUUUAAAUGUUUAAUUUUUUCACUGUUGCCAGAAUUUUUGCAAAAGAACACCAAGGAGAUGCGGAAAGUAUUCACUCCUCGCUUGCCAAUUAUCUUCUGUGAAUUUUUGUGUUAUUCACUGUGUUUUACAAUUGCAAAUAUAUUAUUUAUGUCAAUA